AAGAAAAGAAAAAAAAACAGUUUCAAUUUCACAACGGAAUAAGAUAGGAGUUGUUUAGCGUAAAAAAAGAAAUAGAUACCCGAAAAAGCAAAAUGGUACGCAGCAUAUUCUCGCAACGUUACGAUUUCUCGAAAAUUCGUGCAAAUGAAGCUUUGGAUGAUGUUUUUCGUCGCAUGGAUAUUCUUCCGCAAAUAACCAAAUUACCUCGACUGAAGAGGAAAAACUGUGCUAGCACUUUUAAAGUUUAUGCCGAAAAGGUGGUAAAACAUAAGAACAAGAAUCAAACUCCUUUGUUGGACUCGCCACAGUAUGAUAAUGAUCAAAUUCCUAUAUCUGCCAGAUACGACCUAGAGGAGAUAGUGGGAAAGCUUUUAUUGGAGCGAUAUAGCGACGGAGAUUCUAAUGGCACAAUCAGUCAUGUUUAUUGGAAAACAGAUGAGAAUGGUAGCCUGAAAAGAACGUCGACUCCAGCCGCAAUUGUUAAAUCCCAGCCUGCCAUAGAGGAACAUCAUGUAUUACCCGAAAGAGCUCCAGAUUUAGUUAAAAUGCUGUACAAUAAAUCACUUUUGCCAGCAGGAUACCAGCUUAAGCUUAAAGCAACCCCGCAACAAACCGACCAUUCUUCAAAAGUAUUGGAUGAUAAUGAAGAUGAAAUGUAUGAUUUCAAUGUUUUGACACUGGGAAAAAACAAACGCAAUCGUACAACCCAUUUAGAGAAAAACUAUGAGUGUAAACAGUGCCAUAAAAAAUUCGACCGUCCUUGGGUUCUGCAAGGCCAUAUGCGUUUGCAUACAGGCGAAAAGCCUUACGUUUGUCCUGCAAAGUCAUGUGGCAAAGGCUUCGCUGACAGGUCAAAUUUGAGAGCCCAUCAACGCACCAAGGGUCAUCAUAAUUGGCAUUUUCAAUGCCCACAGUGCACUAAGCCAUUCAGUCAAGAAAGCUAUUUGAACCGCCACAGUCUGCAAGCAUGUCGCAAGUAUCUGGCCUCCCACAAAAAUAAACAUUUUUAAUUUGAAUGACAAGAAUUUAAUUCCAAUUUAUCUUUUUUACUAUUAGAGUAUUAUUUGAGAAUUCCAUUUGUUCAUUUUCUAUUUCCAUUCGUUAUAUUAAAAACCUUGUUAAAAUUA